GUCAAUCGCGCAGAAACGUUGUACGGGAACGAUUUUAAAAUUAAUGCAAACGCAUCCAGACCCGUGCGUGGGACGGCUGGAAAGGGUGCACGGGAGGUAAACACACACAAGAACAACAAAGGCAACGCAAGCCGAAAGAAAACAAAGGAGUGGCUUGGGCUCUGCCGUUUGGUUUUGUUCUUUUCGCCACCCGCACAGCCGGGGGUGUAACGACCAUCAACCGAUUCGUGUUCCUGUGCGCCGUCAACCAUCGCGGCAAUGGAACCACCGAACGGAACGGUGCCGCCAGCGGAGCCGGCGGCCGACAGUGACCCGGUGGCACCGAUCCGCACCGCGCCCGAACCGGACGGACGCGCCGAACGGUGGGUAACGCUGAACGUCGGGGGCGAGAUCUUCACCACCACCCGGCUGACGCUGACGAACCGCGAACCGAACAGCAUGAUCGCCCGGAUGUUCGCCCAGGACCAGCUGAAGCCGGCCGAGCAGGACGGGCAGGGCGCGUACCUGAUCGACCGGAACGGGCACUACUUCCGGCCGAUCCUGGACUACCUGCGGCACGGGCGCGUCAUCUACGACCCGCACGUCAGCCUGCAGGGCAUACUGGAGGAGGCCCGCUACUACGGGCUGGACGGGCUGGCCCGGCUGAUCCAGGAGAUCGAGCGGGCGGACGUGUCGUUGACGCGGCUCGACUUUAUCCGCACGCUGGUCACCUCGUCGCACACGACCGAGCUGCGGUUCCAGGGGGUGCACCUGUCCGGCAUCAACCUGUCGAAGCUGGACCUGCGCAACAUCAACUUCAAGUACGCCUGCCUGUCGCACUGCAACCUGUCGUACGCCAACCUGAGCUGGUGCUGUCUCGAGCGGGCGGAGCUGCGGUGCGCCAACCUCGAGGGCGCCAAGCUGCACUCGGUGAUGGCGGCCUGUGCCGAUCUGCAGGGCGCGAAGCUGAAGUGCUGCGACCUGACCCGGUGCAGCCUGGAGAACGCCAACAUGAAGGGGGCCACGCUCGAGGGCAGCGUGAUGGAGGGUGUCAGCCUGCGGGUGGCCAACCUCAAGUCGGCCAACAUGCGCAACUGCACGCUGAACGAUGCGGAUAUGGCCGGUGCCAAUCUGGAGUCCUGUGAUCUGACCGGUUGCAAUCUAAAGGGUGCGAACCUGCGCGGUGCCAACCUGAAGGGUGCCCAGCUGGAAAAGCUGGUCACACCCGUCCACAUGUCCCAGAUCGAUAUUUAGUCUGCGCUUCGUUGGCUUCCGGGCGGAGCCAAACCCAACAGAAGAUAAGCCAAACAGCAGUGUGCGCGUCGCAGUUCGAAACGCGCCAGCUGAGGAGCUUUUGAUAGAAAGUUUUGCGUAUAGCCAGUGCUGCAAAAUGUCAUGAGCAUCAUGGAGAUAUUCACCAACGAAAACAGUGAACAUAUCCGUGGUAGCUUGAUGCUCAUUGCUGAUACUCAAUGAAAGUGCAUCAUGACAUGCCGAACACGACAUGCGACUGCUUGAGUCAACCGCGAUACUCCGACUGAGCAGCUGAGCUUAGUGCCGGCGCAAGCAUAAUCAUGAGUUUUUCUUGCUGUGAGCAGUGCUGCCAACUGUCACUGUUUCAAUCACCAACACUUAUGACUGAAACGAAGCUCAAAUCAGCUCACGUUCACAACUAUGAUGAUCAGAGGUGAGACUCAAACAGUUAGUGAACCAAUCACAUGCUUGGUGACAUUUUGUUUAGCACCCAACUCUUGGUCAGUCACUUUGAUCACGACAUUUUCUGACGGUGAUCAUCACGAUACGAAAACAAAGUAACUGACCAAGAGUUGAGUGCUAAACAAAAUGUCACCAAGCAUGUGAUGAUCGCAACAACUGAUCAUCACAGUAGAGCUCGUGACGCUGACAUGAUUUUGUUUCAGCCGGGAUUUGUCAUAACUAUGUCAGUGACAUUUUGCAGAACUGAUCAGAGUAUAAAAAAAGUCAUGACAAAGUGACUGAGCAAGCAAAAUGUCGCAAAAAUGUCACGAUGCAUGCAUUAACCAACACCAAGUAUCACCUCUGAUUAUCACAAUUGAGUACGUGAUGCUGACAUGGAUCUUGUUUCAGUCAGAUUUUUCAAUGACAUUGACAGUGACAUUUUGCAGCACUGCCUAUAGCGUGGUAAAGUUAUACGCACAACCGCAGUCAUAGUUUGAGCAGAAACAUGUUUUCCAUUGAAUGCUUUUCCCCUAAUCGCUCUACGUUAUCUAUGUACAAAAGUUUGAAAUAUUGAUAUUAACAUGUUAAGCGAUAACAGUCUACAAUAUUGUUCCUAAAACUUCCGAGGAACAAACAUAACUAACGGCAUUAUAGUAUAUAGAGGUUAAAGGGUUGGUGCUGCUGGCUGAGAUAGUGAAACGGGCUAAAGCCACCUACCGGGUCCGGCCCACAGCAGCCAAAAUACAGAUGUUGCAAUGCAAUUUAAUGUGUGCGCUCAUUGCGCACAAGUAAUGUAUAUAAACUUGCUAGAACUGUAGCGGAACCGACGUCACAACGAAUGAUAUGCCAUCGAACUGACAGCAUGCGAUAAGUUGCUGCUCGCUUAUGCCUUGACAAAACCCGUUGCGAGACGGUACGCGAAACGGAAAAUAAAUGUAACACGUUAGUUGAAACUA